AUGAGUGCCGAAGAUUUAGAAACGUAUCGUUUUCAGUUAGAACAAGUUGAUUUAGAGUUAAAAAAUGAUCCUAAUAAUGAGGAACUACUAAAAUUGCAAACUGAUUUAAAAGAACUUAUUUCCAUGGUGGAACAAUUUGCGAGUCCAGCUCAACAACAACAAUCACCAGUCAAAAAACAAAAUGCGCCAAAUUCAACACCCUUGGCAGAUCCAACGCCAACUGUGGCCUUAAAGCAUCAUGAAUUUGCAGUAGAUCAAGAAGUUAUGGCGCGUUGGUCAGGCGAUGGACAAUUCUACAGGGCUGUAAUUACAGCGAUUGGUGGUGCGGAUCAAGUCUUCUCGGUUAAAUUCAAAGGAUACACCGACUCUGAACUAGUAAAAGCAGAAGACAUACGGCCUUUAGAUGUAAAUAGUUUGAAGAACAAAAAGAGACGUACAGGUAUAUUCGAAGAUGUAGUUGUUGAGCCUGAGAAUAAGAAAGGAGAUAAUAAAAGUAAAAGACAGAAAACAACAACAACAUCUCAAAAAUCAAAAACGGCUGAAUUCGAGAAUAAGAAGAAUGCUUGGUUAAAUUUUGCAAAAGGCGGUAGUAAAAAGAAAAAGACGAAUGCCACCAGUGUAAUUAACAAGAAAAGUAUCUUCAAAUCUCCUGACAAUCCUGAAGGAAAAGUUGGCGUUGUUAACAGUGGUAAAGGUAUGACAAGCUUCCAUCAAAGGGGAAAGCAUGUUUAUGAGCCAUCAGGAGCAACUGAAGAUUGA